AUGAACGACCGGAUUUUAGACCAAGAAAGCUACGCUCAAAGUACACCGGCAAAGGCGGCACACGAUGAUGGAAUAGAUUUAGAUGAUUUGCUCCCGAAGAUUGGUGAAUUUGGAUUAUACCAGAAGUGCCUGCUAUGGCUCGUAUGUUUGCCUGCAUGUCUACCUUGCGGGUUUUGUGCAUUUAAUCAACUGUUUAUGACAGACACUCCAGAUCACUGGUGUCGAGUGCCACAGUUAAGUAAUUUUUCGUUGGAGGAACGUAAAAUGAUGUCGAUCCCAAAAAAGGCAGAAGACAAUUCUACUUAUGAAAGUUGUGUGCGAUAUUCCGUAAAUUGGACUGAAAUUAUGGAAUUUAAUCGGUCGAUACAUAUAAAUGAGAGUUGGCCGUUAGAGCCCUGUCUGGAUGGCUAUGAAUACGAUAGGUCCGAAGUAAUAUCCUCUGUUGUAAUAGAUUUCGAUUUAGUUUGUGACUAUGAUGUUUACCCAACCCUUGGAUUAGUAGCAUUAAAUGUAGGAGGGCCUGUAGGAGUAUAUUCGUUUGGCAUUUUAAACGACCGUAUCGGAAGAAAGAAAUCUUUCUUUGCAUGCCUAUCAACACUAUUACUGGGCAGUAUUAUGACUGCAUAUGCACACGAAUAUUGGUUUUGGGUUGUAGCACGGAUUAUUGUCGGAUUAACAAUUCCAGCUGUUUAUCAAAUACCUUUUAUAAUUUCUCUAGAACUAGCAGGACCUAACUAUAGAUCAUUUGUUACUGUAAUGACCUGCAUAUUUUAUACCCUUGGAUUAAUAUUGUUAUCCGGAGUGACGUACGUACUUCGUGAUUGGCGAUCUCUGGCUUUAGCCACUUCCGUUCCAUUCUUUUUUUACUAUCUAUAUUGGUUUGUUCUACCGGAGUCUCCUAGAUGGCUACUAAUGAAAGAAAGACUGGAGGAGGCUAACAACAUUUUAAAAACGAUAGCUAGAGUAAACGGCAAACAUUUACCUGAAGAAUUCACAACUAAGCUCCAAAAACAAGUUCUAGAACAAAAAGAACACGGUGUGAAAGAAACUAAAAAUGCAAACGCAUUUUCGUUAUGCAAGACUCCUAAUAUGCGACUUAAGACGAUUUUGAUAACUUUAAACUGGUGCGCAUCUGAAAUGGUGUACGUCGGCCUUAGCUAUUAUGGACCAGCAAUUGGUAGCAAUCAAUAUAUGAGUUUUUUCCUGUCGUCAGCAGUGGAAAUUCCUAGUUACAUAGUUUGUUGGAUUCUUAUGGACAAGGUAGGCCGGCGCUGGCCUUUGUGCUUAUCAAUGGUUAUCAGUGGAAUUUUUUGCAUGGUCACUGUACUUUUACCAAAUGAUGCUGAAACUGAAACACUGAUACUGUAUUUGAUAUCGAAAUGUUUUAUAUCCGCAUCAUUCUUGAUAAUCUACCCGUAUGCUGGAGAAUUAUACCCGACAGAGUUAAGAGGUGUUGGCAUCGGUACUUCGGCGUACAUCGGAGGACUUGGUUUAAUAAUAAUACCUUUUAUAAAUUACUUGGGAACGAAUAACUUAGUACUGCCGUUAGUUUUGAUGGGGGCAUUAUCGGUUGUUGGAGGUUUAACAGCACUCCGGUUACCAGAAACUCUACACACGUCACUACCACAGACCGCUGAGGAGGGUGAGGAAAUUGGCAAAGAUUGGACGUACAAAGAUUGCUGGAGUUGCGGAGGACCCAGACAAGUGGAAUCAGAAGGCGACUCAUAUGAGAACUUGGAUCAAUUGGAGCUGGCCCAGGCUCCAAUAAUUGAAGAUGAAGUAUCAGAACUUCGGCCGGCUAGACGGAGUUCCAUGAGAAAGUUGGUACGCCAGGCGAGCAUACUUGAAACACAGCGAGACCACGACGGCAGCCUCAAGAUGACUUAUUGGUUUUAG